GUCCAAGCUCCCUUCCUAGCAUCAUCCAAACCCUGCUUCAGUUCAACGGUCGAGGUUCAUACCAAAGUGCUUCAAGUUUUGGCUCUAGUCAUUCAACAUUGGACGAAGCUGACUCGGACAAGUCGACCGUUACAACGCUACCAGAGAUGGGUAUCGUCCACCCUACCUACCAACAAGACCCUCUCGGCGACGAUAUGCAAGCCUACGAUACCUACGCACCCACACCUGACGAGUAUUUCAUGAGUCAAGACCCUUCAGGCAUGAAUGCCUAUGGUGCGGUACCUCAAUCCCAUUGGAGACAAUCGUGGUCUCCUGAAGAUGCUUCCUUUGCCGAAUCAACCAACAUGACCGCCCCCAAUGUCUUCGCCCAAGAGCCCCGAUACAACUACGCCUACGAUCCUGAAACCUCUACACAGUGGGACUCUCCUGCUACCUCCACCCACAGCUAUCCUGUUCCAUCACCGGCCACCGACCCUACCAGCUUAGAUAUUCCUGUCGGUGACACAGAGAGCCGUCGCAGUUCCUCAUCAACAGAGUCCGACAAGCAAAAACGCAAGCGAAGCACCACCAAGCCAACCGCCACCAUGUCAACGAGACGUACGUCAAUAAAGGCAAUCAAACAAGCUACCCACGAAAAGCCCAAGGGUCGCGGAAGCAAAGCCAAGCCAGCUUCUCAACCUACAGAAGAGCCUUCUCCCCAGUCAGACGACGAACUCGAUGAGUACAGCAAAAAGUUCAAGGAGAGAAACCGAGUCGCCUCCAACAAGUUCCGUGUCAAAAAGCGCGAGGACGCGAAGAAGCUUCGGGCCGACGAGGAGAACAUGGAGCAGACCAACCGCAAGCUGUUGAGCUCUGUAUCCGACCUCACUCAACAGGUCUACGAACUCAAGAUGAAACUCUUGCAACACACUGACUGCGACUGUCGCCUGAUUCAGGAAUACUUAGCCCACGAAGCCAAUCGGUACAUUCACGGCUUAGGCGGCGAUAAGAAGCAGCAGACAACUGCGCCUCGUCCUCCUCGACAUUUACCUCACUACUAAUAAUGUUUCUUAACAAAAGCGAAUCACUAUGUAUGACUAGGAUAUAUGAAAUGAUGACUCUGAACCUAAACAUCACGAUCUAAUACGACACGACAUGACCUGAAGGUCGAUACUGAAAAAAUCUCUUUCCAGACCCCGGGGGUGAUAGGAAGGGCACUUUCAGAAAGAAGCGAUAUCUGCAUUUAACUUAUGACCUUAUUUUUAUU